CAAAUGACAGCUGGUAAUAAAACACUGCUCUGGUGGUAAUAAUACGUACAGAGUGAUUACAGUUGGACCAGAUAGAGAAAACAAUAGUGGAGAAGAUGGCGAAAUCAAGCGCCGAUGACGGAGAGCUCCGGCGAGCCUGCGAGGCUGCAAUUGAAGGCACUAAACAGAAGAUCGUUAUGUCGAUCCGUGUCUCUAAGAGCCAAGGCGUUUGGGGCAAAUCUGCUGCCAAGUUAGGUCGCGGUGGCGCUAUGGCCAAACCUAGAGUUCUCGCUAUCUCCACAAAGUCAAAAGGGCAGCGAGUUCAAGCUUUUCUUCGAGUCCUUAAGUAUUCUACCGGUGGAGUUCUUGAGCCUGCAAAAAUAUACAAGUUGAAACAUCUCACAAAGGUGGAGGUUGUGGGUAAUGACCCAAGUGGAUGUACAUUUACGCUGGGAUUUGAUAACCUUAGAAGCCAAAGUGUUGCUCCGCCUCAUUGGACCAUGCGUAAUAUCGAUGACAGAAACCGUCUUGUAAUGUGCAUCUUUAACAUCUGCAAAGAUGUAUUAGGUCGUCUCCCUAAAGUUGUUGGCAUAGACGUUGUGGAGAUGGCUCUUUGGGCGAAGGAUAAUACACCUUCCGUUUCCAAUCAGCAGAAUGCUCAAAAUGGAUCCCAGGUAGAGAAAGUUGUGGGGGUGGAAGAAAGCGACAUGAAAGUGACUGUUGAAAGAGAGCUCGUGUCUCAAGCAGAGGAAGAUGACAUGGAGGCUCUUUUAGGCACCUAUGUCAUGGGUAUCGGUGAAGCCGAGGCUUUCUCAGAGCGUUUAAAGCGAGAGCUUCAAGCUUUAGAAGCUGCAAAUGUGCAUGCCCUUUUGGAGAGUGAACCUUUGAUAGGCGAGGUACUACAGGGUCUCGAGGCUGCGUCAAACUGUGUGGAGGAUAUGGAUGAAUGGCUAGGUAUAUUCAAUGUAAAACUUAGACACAUGAGAGAAGACAUUGAGUCGAUAGAAACCCGCAAUAACAAGUUGGAAAUGCAGUCUGUAAAUAACAAAUCUUUGAUUGAUGAACUUGACAAGCUUCUUGAGAGAUUACGCAUUCCUCCCGAGUAUGCAGCCUGUCUUACAGGAGGUUCAUUUGACGAGGCACGGAUGCUCCAAAAUAUUGAGGCAUGUGAGUGGUUAACUAGUGCCAUACGUGGUCUUGAAGCACCUAACUUGGAUCCCUGCUACCAAAAUACUCUAGCUGUAAAAGAGAAGCGCGCAGAACUCGAAAAAUUGAAAAGUACUUUUGUUCGGAGAGCAUCUGAAUUUUUGAGAAACUACUUUGCUAGCUUGGUUGAUUUCAUGAUAAGUGACAAAAGUUAUUUCUCUCAGCGGGGACAACUAAAGAGACCGGAUCAUGCUGAUCUAAGAUAUAAAUGCAGAACCUAUGCUCGCCUUCUGCAGCACCUAAAGAGCCUUGAUAAGAACUGCCUGGGCCCUUUAAGAAAGGCUUACUGUAGCUCCCUUAAUUUGCUUCUACGUCGCGAGGCCCGUGAAUUUGCGAAUGAACUUCGUGCUAGUACUAAAGCAUCAAGAAAUCCAACUGUCUGGCUUGAAGGUUCCACUGGUUCCGGUCAAAGUGUGAAUAAUGCCGAUACUUCUAAUGUUUCAGAAGCUUAUGCUAAAAUGCUCACGAUAUUUAUCCCGCUCUUGGUGGAUGAGAGUUCUUUUUUUGCACACUUUAUGUGUUUUGAAGUUCCUGCACUUGCACCACCAGGGGGUCCUAAUCUCAAAAAUGGAUCUAAUGACGAUGAUGCGAAUGAUGAUGAUUUAGGAAUAUUGGACAUUGAUGACAAUGACAGCAAAAAUGGUAAAAGAACUUCGGAGCUGGCAGCACUUAAUGAGUCACUUCGUGAUUUGCUUGACGGAAUACAAGAAGACUUCCAUGCUGUGGUAGAUUGGGCAUAUAAGAUUGAUCCUCUGCGCUGCAUAUCUAUGCAUGGAAUUACAGAACGGUAUAUAUCUGGUCAGAAAGCCGAUGCUGCAGGAUUUGUGCGACUCUUGCUUGAUGCCCUUGAAGAUAGAAUUUCUACACAGUUUGCUCGUUUUGUAGAUGAAGCUUGUCACCAGAUAGAAAGAAAUGAGAGAAAUGUCCGCCAGCUGGGUGUCUUGUCAUACAUACCAAGGUUUGCAACUCUUGCAACCCGGAUGGAGCAGUACAUCCAGGGACAAUCCAGGGAUCUGGUUGAUCAGGCUUAUACUAAAUUUGUUAGCAUAAUGUUUGCGACUUUGGACAAAAUUGCUCAGGCAGAUCCCAAGUAUGCUGAUAUAUUGCUUCUAGAAAAUUAUGCUGCAUUUCAGAAUAGUUUGUAUGACCUGGCUAAUGUUGUACCGACUUUAGCCAAAUUCUAUCACCAAGCAAGUGAAUCUUAUGAACAAGCUUGCACUCGUCAUAUAAGUGUGAUCAUAUAUUAUAAUUUUGAACGCCUGUUCCAAUUUGCCCGGAAGAUUGAGGAUUUAAUGUACACGAUAACACCAGAAGAGAUUCCAUUCCAACUUGGAUUGUCUAAAAUGGAUCUGCGGAAAGUUGUGAAGUCCAGUUUAACUGGGGUUGAUAAGUCCAUCAUGGCAAUGUAUAAAAAGUUACAGAAGAACUUGACCUCGGAGGAACUGCUUCCUUCUUUAUGGGACAAGUGCAAGAAGGAAUUUCUGGACAAGUAUGAUAGCUUUGCUCAGCUUGUUGCCAAGAUUUACCCCAGCGAGAACAUACCAUCUGUAUCAGAAAUGAGAGACCUCUUGGCAUCCAUGUAGAGAGAAACUACCCUGUACAUUAGAUGAGUGUAAAGUUGAUAAGCAAUCAGUUUAUCUAGUUUUGUUGUUUGAUCUAUUUUCAUCUACCUAAUAACAGGUUGACUGUCUGCAUGUUUGUCAAUUUAUUGGUAUUUGUAUGAUAAUUUAUCUCAUAUUUCUGUCAAACAAACCCGCCCAGUCGACGGAGCUGCAAAGUUGAUUAACUUUCCUCACUUUCCAACAUAGCAUAGAUGACUUGAGAAGCUAGACUUGUUACAAUGGCAUGGAUUUGGCCUUUGUUUGGACCAUAAAAUAGUAUAUAUUCUCUAUAAUAUUUACCAGAUUUUUCCUUUUAA